AAAGGCAGCCGGUCUGAGCGGAGCAGGCGUGGUGUUGCUCCAGGAAGCUAAGCGCACCAUCAAUGACGCUGACUGUUAGCGGUUCCGAGAGGUCCAGGUAUCGGAGGACCACCGUCCAGAGCCUAGGGGGUUAGGGGCGGCACAAUUGAAGCCGAUGGUAAUUGCAGACUAAAGACGUUUCUUCUUAUUAAGGAUACACGAAUGCCAACUAAUCACCAAAAGACACAACCAAUUCUCACUGGUUUCAAUACACACGGACAAAGAAGGACACAAAUUUGACUGGGACAACACAUCCAUAAUAGCACAAGCCAAACAGAGGCAUGCCAGGGACUUCCUGGAGGCCUGGCAUUCUAACCAGAACUCCAUCAACAAACACAUUGAACUGGAGCCAAUAUACAAACCACUGAAAAACAGAACUGGAAGUGAUGCCAACUACCCCAGCAAACUGAGGCAUAUAAAUAACAAGUGGGACAGAACACCAACCCUUCACUGAUGAUGUUACCUAGCACGGUGACGAAAUGUCUGCAAUCAAACACACUGCUCGCUGAGCAAGUCUACAACCUCAUCCACAACGCGGGCUACAAAUCUUCUCAAAAACUUUAAACAUUAUAUUCUGUUUUGUUUCUGAUCUCCAGCAUUCAUAACAUUCUGCUUCUUACUGCGUGCAGAAAUUAACCUAACCAAAACCAGUUCCUUCAGAAAAGAGGGAGAGAGAGAGACAGCAGCAUCUUCAGGACACAGACAGAGGAAAUGGCGAGUGCAGAACUGAACACAACUUGACUCAGCACAUUCAGGAGAUAGAAAGAGAAACCAGCCAGAGUCUAGCUGAAAAGUUGACCAAAAUGAAAAUAGUUGAAGAUGAUGCAAUGGAUUUGAGUUUCUGGACAGGGAGGUGGGAAAGAGUGUAGGACAUCAAUUUACAGAUUUUGGGGAGCAAGAGAGGAAAGAAUUUUGCAUCAAAAUUAAAAUUGUCUUCUGACUUUCUGUUCUAUCCUGAGUGAUGAUUUGUAAACUCCUUUUAAAGGGUUUUCAAAGGGGAGAAUUUGCAGAGAGAAAACUCCAAUCAAACGACAUGUCAAGAGCUGACAGUCAUUUCAUUCUUGACAAUCCGAAUAUCAUGACAUUUGAAUGUGGAAUCAGAAAUAUUUGUCUGUUCAGUGAGAAAUGAUGUUGCACAUCAGUCUAACUGGAAAAAACAGAGACAUACAUACUCCAGAGUGAGUGUUUCAGUGUGCUGUGAAAGAAGCUUUGCCCAGUUACACAGCCUUAACAAACACUGCACCAUUCACAUUGGAAGAAACUAUACCUGUGUGGACAAGGCUUCAACUGAUCAUCCAACCUGGAGAGACACCAGGAUGUCCAUGCCAUGGAGAAACCAUGGAAAUGUGGGGACUGCGGGAAGGGAUUUGAUUACCGGUCUCGGCUAGAAAUUCAUCAACGCAAUCACACUGGGGAGAAACCAUGGAAAUGUGGGGACUGUGGGAAGGGAUUCAAUUUUCAGUCCUUGCUAGAAAUUCAUCGACGCAGUCACACUGGGGAGAAACCAUGGAAAUGUGGGGACUGUGGGAAGGGAUUCAAUUACCAAUCCCUAUUGGAAACCCAUCAUGACAGUCACACUGGGGAGAGGCCCUUAACCUGCUCUGAGUGUGGGAAAGGAUUCACUGAUUCAUCUCAGCUGCUGAUUCACCAGCGAGUUCAUACGGAGGAGAGGCCCUUCAGCUGCACUGACUGUGGAAAGAGGUUUAGGCAUUUGGGCACCCGCACAGUACAUCAGCGAGUACACACAGGGGAGAGGCCAUUCAGCUGCAUUUACUGUGGAAAGGGCUUUAGACAGUCAAGCUCCCUCACUGUCCAUCAACGAGUUCAUCAACUGGGAAGAAGCCAUUCACCUGCUCCAAAUGUGAGAAAGAAUUCACUCAGUUAUCACACCUACUGACACACCAGCGAGUUCACACUGAGGAGAAACUGUUCCACUGUACUUACUGUGGGAAGGGGUUUAAGCAUUCAGGCACCCUCACUGGACACCAGAGGGUUCACACUGGAGAGAGGCCAUUUAUCUGCUGUGUGUGUGGGAAGGGAUUCACUCAUGCUUCUGAUCUGCGGAGACACCAGCAUGUUCACACUGGGGAGAGACCCUUCACCUGUUAUGUGUGUAGGAAAAGAUUCACUGACUCAUCUGCCUUAAUGAAACACCCGCGUGUUCAUACUGGGGAGAGGCCAUUCACUUGCUCAGAAUGUGGUAAGGGAUUCACGGAUUCUUCAUCCCUAUUGACACACCACCGAAUUCACACUGAGGAAAAACCAUUCCGCUGCACUUACUGUGGAAAGGGGUUCAGGCAUUCAUGCACCCUCAUUGUACACCAGCGAAUUCACACUGGGAGAGUCCAUUCACCGGCUCAGAGUGUGGAAAUGGAUUCACUGAUUCAUUCCAACAACUGAGUUUGGAUUUUGAAAUAGUGGCAUCUGGGUCUAUAAUGGGGUUUAAUAAUUAAUUUGUCAAUCUUUCUGGAGACAUGAUUCUUAAAUCAUUAUGUGAGACUGUCCUGUUCUUCGAGUUAUAAUAGGAAUUUGUAUUGUGAGAGUUUUACGAUAGGACAGAGCAAAUAUUGAAAAGUAUUAGCUUGCUUUUGGUUUAGAAAAUUCAAAAUUGAUUUUUUUUUGCUUAGGUGAAGAUCCCAUAAAUUGGGAAAUGUUUGGUUUCAGUUUGUAGAAGACCUGUCUGACUUUAGAUGGAGAAACAGUUUCUCUUGGAGAAAGUGCAAAUUCAGAACAAUUGGGAAAUAGAUUACCUCAGAAUAAGUUUGAACAUUCCAGAUCAGAAUAAUUUGGUUUGAACCCUGAAGAGCAUUUGAAGCUAAGAAGGUCUAAGCUCCGUAAGUUAAUUAAAGAAAAGUUUAUCAAACUCUCAAGACCAGAAACUGAAAAAACCAGUUAAGUCAAAUCUAUAGAUAUGUUGGAGAAGAGAACUCAUGUCUGGUAUUUGAGUAUUAUAAAGCAGUGAUGUUGACUUAGAUGCAAUUUUAUUGUACUGCGUUUUGAAAUUUUUCAAAUUGUAUUUAAAUAUCUUUUUAUCUUCAUUUUUUUGCAUAAUAGACUACUUUAUUGUUAAAACCAAAUCUGCAGCAUUCUGUGUUAGUGUUUCAGUAUUAGACCACCUUGUUAAAUAAAAACAAAAUAUGAUUCAUCAAGCCAGAUUUCAGCGUGGGACUGCAUCUGUAUUAACAUCAUUUGAGAUCAUUGUAUGUGGAGAAGUUCCUAAGUGAAGUUAGGAGUAUAAAUUUGCAUGGACAUAGUACAGGAAACAACUGAUAGUCAGACAGAGAAAAUAGCUGCACUGGGAAUGAAACAUCAUCUGGAGUUCAUAGAAGACUGAGACCAGGAUUAUGAGUGUAUCUUUAGUAGGCAGUUGGAGAGAUUCAGGAAAGCAAAGUUUAGCUGAACUAGGUGCAGAAUCAGCUAGGAAACAUUCCCAAGAUGGAUGCAAGGGAACAGAGAGCUGGAGACUCUUGAAAGUCCAUGUGUGAACUUCUGUUUUAACCAUCUAUAUUUACAACAGGUCAAUAGUUUAUAAUUCUGUGAGUGAUCUGCAACUAGAAGGAUGUAUCUGUCAAUAGUUAUCAUAUUUUACCAGAAAGAUUUUGAGAUGUAGUCUUAGAGGUUUGUUUUAUUGAUUCUGUUUGAUCUAUUGUUUUAGUAUGUUAUCCACAGUGUGUAAUCAAGACAUUAAGAAAAACUCCUGGCUUAGAAAUAGAUAGGUGAGUCAGAAAUCAGGUUUGAGAAGUGUGACAUAGGUGUGUAAUUUAUUUACAUUAAUAUAACUCAGAAUAUGAAUUUCAAAAUUGUAAUAUAUCCAUGUUGGUUGCAUUAGAGGAAGAAAGGAGAUUUUCAGAGCAGUUAUCUGAUGAGUUCUCUCAAUAGAAGUUUUUAGUUUGUGCAAUUUCUAGACCAGGAGAGUUUGAUUAGAUAUCUGCAAGUUGUUAGAAGCUGAGAAAGUCUAACGUCCGAGUGAGAGUAUUUAGAUAUGAAGAUUCCACUGUUUGCAGAAGAGAGACUGGAGAGAAUCAGUUCAAUUGAACUUUGAAGAUUUGAUAUAGAGUGUCAUUUGAAAUGCUGUAAAGUGAUGCUGUGGAAGAACAUGUUGAAACUUUGUUUUCCUGGGUGUUCUAAGAUUUUUAAAAGUGUUUUUUCAUAGAAUCCCUAGUGAGAAAACAGGCCAUUCG